CUCCGUUUACUGAGGCAGGGAAAAAAUAAAAUGACAGAGGCGAGGAUAAACGAAUGUCACCGAGCAGUGACUAAGUUUUUGGUAAAGGGUUUGCACCCGUUUGCCACAGUAGAUGCCUCUGCAUUUCGCGAGAUGAUAAAGACUCUCAACCCAAAAUACUAUGCCCCAAACAGAGAGAGUUUAACAAAUCAUCUGAUUCCUGCUUGGUAUGGGGUUGAAAAGAGCAAUCUGAUCACAGAGCUGAAACAUGUCACACAUGCAGCCAUCACAGCAGAUGGUUGGACUAGUUUCAGUCAAGACCACUACCUCACUGUAACAUUGCACUAUGUUAGGGAAGGUCAGAGUAAAGAAAAAGUCCUCCAAACCAGAGCAGUGUACAAAGCUCAAACAGGGAUAGCUGUGGCCGAGGAGAUUGAGGGGAUCCUGGAGGAGUUUAGAGUGAAAGAGAAGGUGGUGGCAGCAACUGUGGAUAACGCAGCAAAUAUGGAUGUAGCUGUGAAAACUAAAUAUCAUCAAGUUUACAUGUUUUGCGCACACACUUAA